UGCACACAGAGGAUGAAGCUCUCUCUCUCAAUCUCUUCUCCUAGAAGAGGCUGAAAGGCGCUCUUUCUUUGCCUCAGCAUCCAUCCAUCUCUCCAUCCGUCUCUUUCCGCUCAGAGAAGGACUGAGAAAAGGAGGGAGCGAGGUAAAAGAGGGAAUAGAGGAAGACUAAAGGAGUGGAGGAGCGGAGGAGUGUAUCUUUCCCCCUGAUCUCAGGGCUGGCAGGCAGCGGAGGGCUGUCUAGCCCAGGCUGCGUGUGUGUGAGAGCAGGGGUGUGUGUGUUUUGGCUUACUCCGCUGUGUAUGAGUGUGUGUCGGCUCUCUGCUCUCGCGCUCCGCUGGUGGAUUGUGUUUAACGGACCUAACUGGACAGAGAGGGGAGAAAAAGGAGGGAGAGGAAAAGAGGAGUGAAGAGGAAAGAGGAUACUAUAAAAGGACUGGUGAGAACUAAAUAGAAGAGAGUAGUGUGGAGGAGAGGAGGAUUGAAGGAUAAAGGAUAGACAGAUCUGCGGAGGAAUGAUGCAUCACUCAGGCAACAUCGGGAGGUCGAAGACCCUCUCUCAUGCUCAUGAGACAGGAGCUUCUAACCACCUCAGUGGUUCUACCCUGCGACCGCCCCUGCCUCCCCCUCACAACCACCAGACCAUUUCCCACCACCACCACUCCUCAGCCAACAGCCUGAACAGGAACACCCUGAGAGGGGGUAGGAACACCAUCCACGCCCCCCCUCCGGUACCAGGGGAUGGACCCACCUCACCAGAGUCUGUACAGCUACAAGACAGCUGGGUACUGAAUAGUAACGUCCCACUGGAAACCAGGCACUUCCUGUUUAAGACGUCGUCGGGGACGACCCCUCUCUUCAGUAGCUCCUCUCCCGGUUACCCUCUGACCUCUGGGACGGUCUACUCUCCACCCCCUCGCCUAUUACCCAGAAACACCUUCUCCCGCUCUGCCUUCAAGCUCAAGAAGCCAUCUAAGUACUGCAGCUGGAAAUGUGCUGCCGUGUCGGCCAUCACUACAGCCAGCCUGCUGGCUAUAAUACUGUCCUACUUUAUAGCCAUUAACCUGUUGGGUCUGACAUGGCAACUGCAGCCCUCUGAAGGCCCUGUGUUGAACAAAGGUCUGAGUACUGCAGGUCUACCUGUCAACAGUGAUGUGGCCACACUGCCCUCUGGAGGCAGAGCACCAUGGCCAGGUUCUAACAGCAGUAUAGACAGUGGGGAUGUGGAGGUGGGGAGGAGGGUGAGUCAGGAGAUUCCUCCAGGGGUGUUCUGGAGGUCUCUGCUUCACCUGGCCCAGCCACAGUUCCUCAAGUUCAACAUCUCCCUGGGGAAAGAUCUCUUUUGGGGUUCUACAUCCCUGAGGGCCUGCCCCCUCACACGCACAGUAUGA